AGGAAACGUAAGUCAAACCAAAUUCCACCACAUUGCCCUAAAAGUCACCACCGACCAAACCAUACACGUUAUUGACAGUGAUUUAACGGAAAGGCUAUUCCAUUGGAGACUUUUUAGUUGAGGGGCUUAAACCCUCUCAAGUUUUAAGUUUCACGAGUAAAUGCCCUCAAAAUUAUCAAGUUUAAAUCAUGGAAUCGUCCAAAACCUUCUGGUAUUAAUUUCAAGCAGAUAACUGAGGAGAUGAGGGUAUGGCUAGAAAGACCAUUUUCGGCAGAAGAAAUUGAAGAAGGAUUGAAGAAUUGUGAGGGGAAUAAAGCACCAGGACUGGAUGGAUACAACUUUAAUUUUAUCAAAUUUGCAUGGAACAGCUUGAAGGAGGAUUUCGUGAGUUUCUUUGGGGAGUUCCAUCAACAUGGCAAGUUUGGUUUUGGAGUGCGAUGGAGAGGAUGGAUACAAGAGUGUCUUUCAACAGCCAAAAUCUCAGUGUUAGUGAAUGGAAGCCCAACCGAGGAGUUUAUGGUGGGAAAAGGAUUAAGGCAAGGGGAUCCUUUAUCCCCUUUUCUGUUUUUGAUGAUUGCCGAGGGGUUACAUGGUCUAGUCAAAAAAGCUGAAACAAAGGGCCUGAUACAUGGAAUCGACGUGGGUAGCAAGGGAUUGACUAUUUCAUUGCUCCAAUUUGCGGAUGAUACGGUGAUUUUGGGAAAAGCAAAUGGAGAGAAUAUUUUUACUGUGAAAACCAUUUUACGGUGGUUUGAGUUGAUGUCUGAAUUGCGAAUUAACUUUCAUAAAAGUAGUAUUGUCGUAUUUAAUGUGGCACAGAGGUGGUUAAAUGGAGUAGCAUCUGUUUUGCGAUGUGGUGUUGGGAAGAUACUUUUUGUUUAUUUGGGAAUGCCAGUGGGUGGAAAUCCUGGGACUAAGAAGUUAUGGGACCCAGUGCUGAAUAAAUUUCGAACCAAGCUUGCCGUCUGGAAAUUUGCCUUGCUGUCCUUUGGCGGUCGUAUUACUCUGCUUAAUUCAAGGGAGUUUCUGUGGGGUGGGGCUGAAUUAAAGAGGAAGAUUCCUUGGGUUAGUUGGGAGAUGGUAUGUCGUAGUAAGGAGAAGGGUGGGUUAAGAGUCAUGGAUUUGAGGAGGAGGAAUUGGGCACUUUUAGGGAAGUGGUGGUUUAGGUUGGGUGAUGGUGGUGAGAGCCUAUGGAAACGGGUCGUGUGGGAUAAAUAUUAUGGGGGUCGGAGGGAGGUGGACAUCAAGGCAGUGGAUAGUGUGAGGAUGUCUAGGAUUUGGAGGGAUGUUAUUAGCGUCAGGGGGAAGUCUAUCAAAUUACAAGACAUGUUAGGGAAGGGGUUUAGGUGGAUGGUUGGUGAUGGAAGGCAAGUAGGUUUUUGGCGCGAGAUUUGGGUGGGGGAUAAAUCUCUAAAGGAGUUAUGCCCUACGUUAUUUGAGCUAGCUAUGAAUAAGGACGAUAUGGUGAUGUCCUGGUGGGGUCUGCAGGUUGUGAUGCCCAAUACAGUGGGAGGGGUGAUGGAGGUUUUCUUGUAUGAGUUGGGGGGUAUGGUAGGGAGAGAGCUAGGGGCGUGUCUUUUCCUUGUGGGAUCUUGGUAUAUUUGGUAUUGGAGGAACAUUAGAGUUUUCCAGAACAUAGGGGAGUGUAGGGACGGGUUGCUCCAUAUGAUUCAGUCUAAAACAUUUCUAUGGAUUAAAAAUAAGGUGGCUGGAAGUGUCUUCUCAAUAGUUGAUUGGAAACUUAAUCCACGGAAAUGUGCUGCAGUCAUAAGGAAGCAUAGAAGCUUGCUGAGAGCGUUCCAUAAGCACAAAAGCGGAAAGCAUGAUGAGUAGAGUGACUGGAAUGUGUUGGCUUACAUGUCUCUUGGGAAUACUUUGUUUUAGUUAGAUUUCUUUAAUUGUUUGUAUUUGGGUUGGAGUACCCCUUGUACUCUAUAUAAUUAAAGAUCCUUUAUUUUG